AAAACCCAAACAUAACCAAACUGUGCGUCUGAAGCUCCACCCACAACAACAUGAGCUUGUGAUCCCUCAGGCUGGAAAGGGAAACAUUGAAAGUUCUAUUUAGUGAGUUCUAUUGACACUGAGUACUUCAGUUGUAGCCAUUCCACAGUCCAUGUGUUGGACUGCGUCAGGCCUAUUUCCACCCUGAUAGCCUCAUGCAGACUUGGAAGAGGACUACAUUUGGAUGAUCUUCAAUGAAGCACAUUCAACCCACAGAGAUCUUCAUAAAGUCUUCAGCUGAGGACACAAACUCUGCCAGCCAUGGGAAGAAAAGAGAAAACCUCCAAGGAAGUUUAUUUUUCUGUCCUGCCAGAUAAAUAUCAACCUUUGAUCGAGGAUGAAGGAAUGGAGGAAAGACCUGAAGAAAGGUUGAGAAGGAAGGAGGAGAGAAAGAAGAGGAGGAAGAAGUACAGGAAGAACCUGAAGAAGGUUUGCACUUUCAGCUGGCGAUGUUUGCUGUACGGCCUGCAGGGUCUGACGGCCUCCUGCUCCAUGCCGCUGGCCACCAUGGCCGUGGUGAUAGACAACCAGCGAGCAUGACCAUGGUGUGCAUGCAUCUUCACUGGCUGAUGGAGAACCAGCGAGCAUGACCAAUGACCAUGGUGUGCAUGCAUCUUCACUGGGACUUUUUUGGAUGAAUCAGUCCAGCAAAAUAAUAGACAAUAAUAGCAUAAUAACACAAUUCCAAUUGCAACAUUCAGAGUAGCAAUCAACAUGUUUGUUGUUGUUUUUUGCUUUGUUGUUACUUUCCUCAGAGUUGCGUGUGUCAUUAUGUGGACAUACUGUAGCAGUCUGACGUAUUAUUCCUCAACCUUUUGGAUUGAAUUUGAAAAAUUAAUUCAAUAAAGCUUUCUGAAAAUAAUUCUA